AGUUUGUUGGUUUAUCGGUUAGGUUCUAGUGUGAAGUGGCAACCCUGCCUUAGCUAGUGUCAAUAUGGCGUCUCGUCAGUGAUGAAAAUCCCGGAAUCCGGAACGAUGGAAGACGGGCCCAAUUCUGCACCGCAUAAUGGCCAGUUGGGACCUUCUGGUGUGGGUACGAGUUCGUCCAGUGUCAAAGUCAAUAAUAGCGAUGAAAACAAUCCAAGGUUACAGUACUCAAUCCCGGGCAUCCUACACUUCAUCCAGCACGAAUGGGCUCGCUUCGAAAUGGAGCGUUCGCAGUGGGAGGUGGAACGAGCAGAAUUACAGGCACGAAUAGCCUUUUUGCAGGGUGAACGGAAAGGUCAAGAAAAUUUAAAGAAUGAUCUAGUCCGGAGGAUUAAAAUGCUGGAAUACGCUUUAAAACAAGAAAGAGCGAAAUACCACAAACUAAAAUAUGGGACCGAACUCCAGCAAGGUGACGUUAAACCGCCUAUCUUCGAGGACGGCAUUGGCGGUGAACCCGUCGAUGGCGAAUCUAUUUUCAUAACUAACAGCAAUGUCAACUGGAGGCAAGGGAGACAACUGUUACGCCAGUACCUCCAAGAAAUUGGUUACACUGACACAAUCAUUGACGUCCGAUCGAACCGCGUUCGUUCCUUGUUGGGAUUAAACCCAGCAGGGACUUCUGAAAAAGAAGAGCAAACGGGUGGAUCGGCCGUCAAUGGUGGAGCUACUGGUGGUACUGUCGGCGGGACCACUGGGAGUUCAGCUGUCGCAAGCUCCAGUCCAGGUGAUUUGAGCGGAAACAGCAAACGACUCAGCGAAACGCAGGGUCGACGAGCUCCGGCGAAAAAAGUGCCGCCUGCUUCGUUGGCUGAAGCUAUGAUCAUGGACACCGAGGCAGCAGUCAUGGCCAACUUCGAUUUCCUCGCCCAGGAAGGAGUGGGCGUUGAAGUAGAUGACGAAGACGACAUGAGCGACGAGAUGGAGGACAAUACCGACGAUGAUACAGACGAUGCCGCCUCCGCAUCGAACGCAGCCACUUCCAAACGAAACAAGAUAAAAGCCAAAAACCUCCGGGAUGAUGUGGACGCCGAAACGGAGGAAGUUCUCAACGAGUUUAGCUUCCUUGGCAGUGAUACCGAUGACGCCUCGCAUGAAUUGCGGGUUCAGACCGAUACCACCGACUGGGAUCGGGGACGUUUAACGCCGUCGGAUGAAGGCACGGAUUGGCCGGUCGACCCGUUGCACAUCUCGCAGCUCAAAGAGCAGUACCGACGGGAUCGUGCGAAAAACAAAAAAGGGCUUCUGUCGCGUCCCAAACGAUCCGCGUUACAUGAGAUGCUGGGCGAUAUGGGUUUAGAAGAGGAGUAUGGCGACCUGUACUCCUCUUUCCCUUCUUCUUCUACGCCUCUUUCUGCAAGAACCCGUACAGGAUUCAGCGGCACUAGCAGUGGUGGUGUUUCACGGCGCUCUGUUGUUCCUGCCCCAGUGACAGGACCAGCUCCAGCUGGGAUUGGAGCUGCAGGCGAGACUGCUCAUUUAGCUGGUCUAGCUGGCCUGUCCUCCUCAGAUGACGAAGGCGUUGAUGGUCACCUGGGCCUAGGAGAACUGGCACAAUUGACAGUCAAUAACGAAGCAGAAGUUAGCUAUGAUAUUUCGGUGAACAAGGAAUCGUUCCGGAAGACAUGGAAUGCUAAAUAUACUCUACGUAGCCACUUUGACGGCGUGAGAGCGCUUGCUUUCCACCCUGUCGAGCCGGUAUUGGUUACGGCCAGUGAGGACUGCACUCUUAAGCUAUGGAACCUCCAGAAAACCAUUCCGGCCAAAAAGUCAGCUUCCCUGGAUGUAGAACCUGUUUAUACGUUCCGAGGUCAUACCGGACCAGUUCUUUGUUUAGCUAUGAGCUCCUCGGGCGAGCAGUGUUUCAGUGGUGGACUUGACGGUUCUUUACAGUGCUGGAAUAUCCCUGGGUCAAAUAUCGAUCCGUACGAUUCGUAUGAUCCGAGUGUACUGAGCAACUCUCUAUUGGGCCACACUGAUGCUGUAUGGGGUUUGAGUUUGCACAGCCAAAAACUACAUUUGCUGUCAUCCUCGGCCGAUGGUAGCGUGCGUUUAUGGAAUCCGCAAUCUAAGUCUCCUCUUCUAUCAGUUUUUACCUCUGAGUCAGAUGGAAUACCGACGUCAGUGGAUUUCGUUCGUGACAACCUUAAUCAAAUGGUUACAUCCUACAAUUCGGCCGCUUGUAUCCUCUUCGACCUAGAAACGGGUCAACCAGUCACACGGCUUGAAACAGAUAAGGGAGUGGAGGAUUCAGUGUUUGGAAGACAGAUCAAUCGUGUCAUUUCACAUCCUACACUUCCACUGACUAUAACAGCCCACGAAGAUAGACAUAUCCGUUUUUACGACAACAACACAGGGAAACUUGCACACGCAAUGGUUGCCCAUUUGGAUGCGGUGACGUGUUUGGCCGUGGAUCCCAAUGGACUUUAUCUACUCUCCGGAAGUCAUGACUGUAGCAUUCGACUAUGGAAUUUGGAAAACAAAACUUGCGUUCAAGAGAUCACGUCCCACCGCAAAAAGUUUGACGAGUCUAUUUUUGAUGUUGCUUUUCAUCCGAGCAAGCCGUUUAUCGCGUCUGCUGGAGCUGACGCCCUGGCCAAAGUAUUUGUCUAGGAAAUGGACAUCCCAAAACCAAAACAAAAUCUAAUUUUGCUAGAUAAAAUGGUCAAUUUAAACAGCGCGAUCACUUAAAAAAAAAAAAACAACAAAAAAAACAACAAAAAACAAAACAAAAACCACAAAAACUUGAAUGUAAAGUCUAUGAAUGACAGCAGCGCGCUUGUGCGAUUUCGCCCGAGUCAUAGAAAGCGGCAGUACAUGCAGCAAGCAGUGUUGCCGAUCAAAGAUAUAUCUAUCAUCAUCAAAUCGAUUUAUCCAUGGCGGCAAUGAAAUGAUACACUACCAGCUCGUGUACAAUCUAUAACGACUUGGUAUACGUUGUGUUGAGAACAGCACCAACAGACGGUGAAUAUGGCACAGAAAAAAUUGCUACAACGUGAAUUCAUCACAUAAGAUUGGUGACAUCUGAGAAGUGACUUCUGAUUUCUGAUUCUACUCCCAAAAUGCGCUGAUUUUCCGUCUUUUUGCUUCCGUUGUUGCUGUUCUAUCUAUCUCACAACCCGACUCCCACCUUAGCUAUAAACCUUUGAGGGAAGAAAACGUUGCAUUUUUGACCCAUCGUCUGUCUGGAAAACUUGUAUCUUAUCCGUCUUUCUUAUAGAUCUUUAGUCUCGGAAUAUCUCUCGUGUUUACGCUGCCCCACCUUUUUUUGUAAAAAGACAAGAUCCGAAACAAUUCAAUUUCUCCGUUCAAAUAGUUUAAAGGGGGGGAGGGGAUGUUGCAUUUUUUUUUUUUUGUGCUCUCCUUACUGACAUUACCUCUUGAGUUCAAUCACUUCUAACGUCUUUUAGAAAAUAUUCCACCCCCUAACCAGUUAUAUACAUAUAUAUAUAGAACUAGGCCCCCAAACAAUGUGCAUGUCCUACAAUCUGUAGCUUUUUUUAUUUUUACCGCAAGAAAAGAAUAUCGCAGGAAAAAAGGUUCCCCCUCUUUUUUUUUUUUUUUAUUUGUCAUAAUCUUCAACAUCCCAACACUAAAAAAGGAAAAGCUAUGUCGGUGUUUAAAUAAUGUUUUUCGUUUCAUAUUUUUCCUACUGUUUCCUUCUCUCACUCUCCAAAAAAAAACAACAAAAAAACAAAAACAAAAACAAUAAUGCGUGAUUAGUGAGAUUUGGCUGUGAAGUAUUUAAAGCAAGGAUUGAAACCUGUUAGGACUCAGCUUUUGAAACUGUGUAUCGGAAGUAUCCUAGAUCCGAUGCUAUUGAGUAACUCAGAACAACUUCGAAGCAAAUCAUCAGUGAGAGAAAAACAUUUGUCCCGUUAAAAUUAUUAGCUCCCUUCUCUGGCUUGCCUCAUUGUGGUAUUUGAAAUCUUACUGUUCAUUAUUUUUCUAUUUUUAAAUGACAGAAUCUGGGUUCUCGUGCAUACUUGUAAAAAUCAAAUUGGGAACUUAAAUCCCGGCUUUCUGAUAACAUUUUACACAGAUUUCCUCCCACGUAACAAACGUCUUUGUUGCAUGCUGUGCGUUCUUUUAAUUUGACCCCCUCCCAUCCUUUACUGUAGUUCUUAUUACGAGACUAGGAAAACUACUUGAACAAGUAUGAGUGAAACAAGACGUGUGUUUUUUUCCCCAUUUUUGGCUGCGUCAAAUUGUCUUCGCUGUGGAAUGUUGAGUGAAGAAAAUAAUCGAAUGGAAGAAAGUAGUCAAGUGAAAAAAAAAGUGGAUAAAUGAGUGGCGAUAUUAAUUUGGGUAGGUUUGCUAUUCUUGUUGCUGCAACCAAGUUCUCGAUGUUAUCUAUGAUUCGAACAACAAAAAUCUAUUAUUAGGGCCCCGAUUUAGUGUACGUGAAAAAUCCUUAUUACCCCACCUCCCCUAUUCCCACAAGAACUCAACUUUAAACAUUGUAUGAUCGAAAAAAAUACACAUUGAACUAAUUA